AUGAAGGUUCUUUGGAUAUCAUUUUUGGUUUUGGGAGUCGCAUUGGCUAAUAAUUCGGAGUCAAAUGCGGAUGAUCUUUGGUCUUGGAUCGGAGGAUCGGAAAAACAAGAAAGUGUUAGCGAAAGUCAAAAACAAAUAAGACACACCGAAUCUGUUGAUCAAGUGGCAGAUAAUAUACUUCAGAGUAGUAGACAAGGUAGAAUUUUACAAGAGUAUAAUCAAAUAUACAAUGAUCCUGAAGUUCAACAUGCUAUCCAAAGUGGUAACGAUACGACUGCCAGGCAUUACAUCAAAGACAGAUUAUGUAAUCUCGGUCUCAUGCAGUGCGAAGAUGAAAUUGAACCUAAAAGAGGAUCUGUUCAUCCCAGUGAUGUAAUAUACGCUCAACCAGUAGCUGUUAAACCCGUCGGUCACCCUAUCCCUGCCGUUCCCGUACGCAACCCACAUCACAUUAAACCGAACUACCUAGUUGGACCUUACGGACCACCACGUCCAGUACCAUUUCCUGGAAAAUAUGGACCACCACCUCCAGGUCUUGGAUAUAAACCACACAGACCACUUGGACCAAAACCGUAUCCAAUUUAUGAAAAACCAGAUUUUGAAGACAUAUCUGGGCCUGGGGGCAUCAUAGAUCAUGAAGUUCCACCUCCGUUUGUUCAUGGAGAAGCUGAACAUCAUCAAAUACAUCAUGGUGAAAAAUCUACUGUAGUUGUUAAUACUCAAGGAGCUUCUGCCAGUACCGGAGUUCAGCAACAUGUUCAUCAUCAUUUUCAUCACGGUUCAGGAACAGUUGGAGCUGGAGGGGUUGCCCAUGUUGGAGCUAUUUCUCAAGGAGCUACAUUAGCAAUUGCACAAAAACCUUUGGUUGUCGAACGGCCAGUUAUUGUCGAAAAACCUGUUCCAGUUCCGACGGCUGGUUCGUUUGGCGGAUAUGGUCCUAGUCCAGUACCUUCUGUCUAUGAAACGGUUGAACCCGGUGAAUUUGGUGGAUCUUUUAAUGGAAUCUACGGUGGUAGUCACGGAUCGUAUGGAUCAGGUUCAGGUGGAAGCUAUUUAAAUCAAGAUCAUUUUUAUAAGAAACAAUAUAACAUAAAGGGCGGAAGUUCUCAUGCCGGAAGUUCUUCUUUCUCUUCAUCUUCAUCAUCAUCUUCGAAUUAUGCUGGUGGAUUUUCUUCUUACCAUACACCAAGAGCCGAUCAAUUCGAAAGAUGUUCCUGUGUACCAAUUGGUCAAUGCCCCAGUUACGAUAUAAUUGGAAGAAAGGACGAAGGAAAUGGUAUCGAUCCAAGAAGUAACCCUACUGACAUACAAGCCAUUGGGUUGGAAGACGUCGUGAUUACUGACGGUAACGGUACAAUCAUUUCUCAUCAAGCAAAAACCACAAGCAAAAGAGAAAGUGAAUCUGAAGAAAGCGAAGAAGAAAGCGUUGAAGAAAGCGCUGAACAAGAAUCCGAGGAAGAUGAAACCAAAAAUAGAUCAAAAAGGCAAGCUCCCGGCAAAAAUGAAAAUGGAGAAGACAAAUCAGAAAUUCAACCGCGUAUAUUUAAUGGCGAAAUCCAAGAGGAGAUAUCCAAAUUAAAGGUUUCGCCAACGUAUGGUGUAUCCUUUGGCCUACCUCAAUCCGGAGAUCAUUCGUUAAAUCUAUUGGGUGGCCAUCAAUCAAUCAAUCCGUACGGUAGUUCAUUAAACGGGAACGGGGUUAAAAUAGGUCCGGUAGCUGUAAACCCAUUAGUUUCGGUUCAGGUUACUAAAGAUGAUUCGGGGGAAAGAGUAGUUAAACCCUUUGUAAAUCUCCACGUGACUCCGACUCACGAUGCCAUUCAUAAAAUCGGGGAUUUUAAAAAAAAAUUAUUAUAUCAAAUUGCAAACAAUAUAAAUAAUGAUCAUGAAUAUGUUAAACAUUACGAAAACGAUCACGAACAUGAUCACGGUCACACCGAUCAUCACUAUCAUUAUUCGCACACAUAUAAAAAACCAUAUAACUAUCAUGCCGACAAACCUAUUUAUUCCAAACCUUGGCACACAUCAUCUUAUAGCAGCUAUCACGGUUAUAACUAUAACGAUUACGAAUCGGAACAUUUGUCGGAUUUCGACUAUUACGAUAAAUACGAUACGUACGACGAAAGCUUUGACAGGCGAAACGGAAAAAGUUUAAAUAUUUCUGCUAGACCAAAGACAACUGACAUUCGAUCAAAUGACUUUUAUAACCCUUUAACAUUACCAGCAUCGCCAUCAUCUUCCUCUCAUCAACUAUUCAAUCUUAACCAUCAGUCAUCAUCAGACCGUGUAUCUUUUCCGAGAAGUAAAAGAGAUGUUUCAGAAAAAUACGUAGAAAAGAGACAAGCUUAUUACGGAGGUUCCUCUGGAAGAUGUGGACCAGGUUACGUAUGUUGCCGAAGACCGAAUAAAGCUAAUUACAAUCACAAUAGAGGACAAUGUGGAAAAAGAAACGCUCAAGGAAUCAACGGUAGAAUUAAGACUCCAACAUAUGUAGAUGGAGAAAGUGAAUUCGGUGAAUACCCGUGGCAAGUAGCUAUCCUUAAAAAAGAUCCUCAAGAAUCUGUUUACGUUUGCGGAGGAACCUUGAUCGACAACUUACACAUUAUCACAGCCGCUCACUGCGUUAAAACUUACACCCAUUACGAUUUGAGAGUUAGAUUGGGAGAAUGGGAUGUUAAUCACGAUGUCGAAUUCUACCCGUACAUCGAAAGAGAUGUUUCCCUUUUACAAAUUCAUCCAGAAUUCUACGCUGGAACUUUACAAAAUGAUAUUGCCAUACUUCGUAUGGAUAAACCUGUCGAUUUAAUAAACAACCCACACAUUAGUGCCGCAUGCCUUCCAGAUCCUCAUACAGAUUUUGUAGGAAGUAGAUGUUGGACAACCGGUUGGGGAAAAGAUGCUUUUGGAGAUUACGGAAAAUAUCAAAACAUUCUAAAGGAAGUCGAUGUGCCAAUCGUUUCGCAUCAUCAAUGUCAAGCAUUAUUACAACAAACCAGGUUAGGUUAUGAUUUCAAAUUACAUCCAGGUUUUAUCUGUGCCGGAGGAGAAGAAGGAAAAGAUGCUUGCAAGGGUGAUGGUGGUGGUCCAAUGGUUUGCGAACGUGGCGGUUCUUGGCAAGUUGUAGGAGUUGUCAGUUGGGGAGUCGGUUGUGGUCAAAAUGGAGUACCCGGUGUUUACGUAAGAGUAUCUCACUAUCUCGACUGGAUUAGACAAAUAACUAAUCGAUAUUAA